GUUUCAAGAUUCAAGAACCUACAAGCACGAGCCGAGGAGAAUCCGAAAAUCGAUUCAAGCCCAGAGGAAAUGUUUAUGUAAGUACAUAGAACUGCCUGUGUCCUUACUCCCCCUAUUUUAUAAUUUCCCACGAUUUUCCAUCCUAGGAAAUCGAACCCAGGAGGGCCUGCAUCGAGUAGGGCCUCCCGUAGACUUAAUUUAGAUAUAAGUAGGUUAGAGUCCAUAAGGGAAGCGACCAUGGCGUGUCACGACCCCGACACUAUACUUAAGGCCGUACGCGUAGUUCCCGAAUUCGACGGGAACCCGCACGUUCUACCUAGAUUUAUAAGCAUUUGUGAUCAGUUAGUGAGUCACUACAUAGGAACCGAACCCGGGUCCGAACUCACUAACCUAAGUCUAAUCAAUUGCAUCCUCAACAAGGUCACCGGUCCGGCGGCGAGGUUCAUAAAUUCAAAUGGUAUCUCAGACAACUGGAUAGGAAUUAGGACAGCCCUAAUUAAUAACUUCUCCGAUCAACGCGACGAGACCGCGCUUUACAAUGAUUUAGCUUUAGCGACACAAGGGAAUAGUACUCCACAAGAGUACUAUGAACGAUGCCAGACAUUAUUUAGUACGAUUAUGACCUACGUAGUACUUCAUGAGACACUUCCCUCAACGGUAGAGGCGAAACGCGCUCUUUAUAAAAAGUUAACUAUGCAGGCUUACGUACGCGGAUUAAAAGAGCCUCUCGGCUCCCGGAUUCGCUGCAUGCGUCCUGACAGUAUAGAAAAAGCCCUAGAAUUCGUACAAGAAGAAUUGAAUGCUACCUAUAUGCAAAGUAGGAAUGAAUCAUUUAACGACAGAAAACACGCGACACCGAAGCCGCUUACCGCGAACCCUAUGGUGUUCCCAUCACCAAUACCAAAAGCAUUCCAUUCUUCUCCAUUUGUGCCUCCAAUGCAGAAGCAGGUUCCCCUGCAGCCACAACAGCAGCAACCGCUGCCUUGGAGACAAAACCAGGUAGGUCAGCCGAAUCAACAUCAUCCGACUCGCACGCAACAAAUGUUCCGUGCGCCGCCACCUAAUUAUAACCCUAAGAGUAAUUUAUUUAGACUUCCCCCUAGGAACCAAAAUCAGUUCCAAAAGCCCAUGAGUGGAGUUGUUAAUUAUACACCUAAACAACUACCACCCACGAACUUUUAUAACCGUGGAUUUACGCCACAGUUAAACAACUAUCCCCGGGAAACGAACGUCCAUGAGUUUAAUUUCCAUGAAAACUACUACGACGACUACCCUGACUAUUAUUUCGACCCAGAACCAUACGACUAUUACGCUACAUACACCGACGAUCCCGACAACUACGGUGACGUUGACCCCGAUAGUAACCCAUACUAUGACGCAACUAACGAGAUUCCACAUCCAGAAUAUGACGAAAAACCUUCGACGAGUAAAUCCCAGUCGGAUUUUCAAAAAGCCCCCAGAUUAAAAAGACCAAAAUAGAGCUCAACAUGCAAACGCAAAGACAGCUUCCAUAUAUUCAAAUUAACAACCCCCCUAUUAAAUUACUCAUCGAUACAGGUGCUAACCAGUCUUUCAUUAGCCCGGAAGCUGUAGAGUUAUAUUUUCCCCAUAUUUCGCCAAAUUAUGACCCAAUUGAAGUAACUAAUGUGCAUGCGACGACCCGUAGCGACUAUUCGAUUAAAAUACCGACCUUCACAGAGUUCAACGACAUGACCGAUAUGAAAUUCUUUAUAUACAGAUUUCAUAAUUACUUUGACGGACUCAUAGGGUUAGAUCUACUUGAACAGUGGGCAGCUAAAAUAGACCUUAAAGACAGACUACUAUACACAGAAAAUGCCGUAAACCCUAUUCAAAUGUAUAAUU